AUGACAACGCUAAAUCCUGAUCACGAGCACUUCUUCCGUUAUACGAGUGGACGAUGGCUCUGGGAUGAAGAACAACAGCUCAGGGAUAGGUAUAAGGCCUUUGACGUUGCUGGGCUCCAAAGCCUCGCGGCCAAAGCCGUUCGAUCAGACAGCUGCAUCUCUAUAACGAAGCUGGCCGAGGGAGGAUAUAAUAAGGUCUUCCGUUUGAUCAUGAAUGAUGGAAAAAGAGUCCUUGCUCGUAUACCAAACCCAAAUGCCGGUCCAGCGUUCUAUACGACCGCAUCUGAAGUCGCUACUAUGGAGCUUGUAAGUUUACCUUAA